AUGGAUCUAUUCAAGCAACAGAAAGUGGAAGAUUUCUAUGAAAUUGGUGAAGAGCUUGGCAGUGGGCAGUUUGCCAUUGUGAAGCAAUGUCGAGAGAAAACUACAGGUUUGGAAUUUGCUGCCAAGUUUAUCAAAAAACGGCAGAGCAUGGCCAGCUCUCGUGGAGUGCGGCGAGAGGAAAUAGAGCGAGAGGUAAACAUCCUCCAGCAGAUUCAGCACCCCAACAUCGUCAUGCUGCACGACGUUUAUGAGAAUCGCACUGAUGUGGUGCUUAUCCUGGAGCUAGUCUCUGGUGGUGAGCUGUUUGAUUUCCUGGCCCAGAAGGAGUCUCUGAGUGAGGAGGAGGCUACUCAGUUCAUCAAGCAAAUCCUUGAGGGGGUGAACUACCUUCACGCCAGAAAGAUAGCCCACUUUGAUCUUAAGCCUGAAAACAUAAUGCUUUUGGAUAAGAACACACCCUUGCCAAGAAUAAAACUGAUUGAUUUUGGUCUUGCCCAUAAGAUUGAAGCUGGAGUUGAGUUCAAGAACAUCUUUGGAACUCCUGAGUUUGUAGCUCCAGAGAUUGUCAACUAUGAGCCCCUUGGAUUGGAAGCAGACAUGUGGAGCAUUGGUGUCAUCACUUACAUCCUGCUGAGUGGUGCCUCUCCUUUCCUGGGGGACACGAAACAGGACACACUGGGGAACAUUUCAGCCAUAAAUUAUGAGUUUGAUGAAGAGUUCUUCUGUCACACCAGUAAGCUGGCCAAGAACUUCAUCAGCCAGCUACUCGAGAAGGAUAAGAAGAAAAGAUUAACAAUUCAAGAUGCCCUCAAUCACCCAUGGAUCAAGUCCAAUGAGAACAAGGAAGAAAAUAAAGCCAGGGGGCCAAAGAAAAGUGAGCGGCGCCAGUUAAAGACCAAGCGCCUGAGGGAGUACACUAUCAAGUCCCACUCAAGCAUGCCACCCAACAACACCUACGUGAACUUUGAGCGCUUUGCCCAGGUUGUGGAGGACAUUGACCAGAUGGAGAGCUCGUUCAUUAGCCUGGCCGCAGCCCACGACUCUCUGCAGGAAAAUAUAGAUGUCAUGGUCUCUACUUAUAAUGAAAAGGAAGCCUGCUACAAGGAGGAGAAUGAAGCCAUGCGUCACGAGCUCUCGCAAAUCCGCUACGAGUUCCGUAAGGUGGAGGCCUUGAAGAGGAGCCUGCAGGAUGACAUCCAAGCCUUCAGCUGCAGCCUCGGCGCCAUCAGCAACCGCUUCCAGGAGAGACAGAGCCGAUUUGAUGCCCUGGCCCUGGAACUAAGCAACGAGGUGAAGUGGGUGCAGGAUGUCAUGGGGUCAUUUCAUACAGAUGAAGGUAGAAGAUACCCCAACUGCAGCUUCUCCUCAGCUUUCAACAACGUGAAUGAAACUCUGAAAGAGCUUUUAAACCGUUCCUGUGAAGGAGAACUGCUCUCUGGGAUCAACUUGGACUUUAGUGAAACUGGACAACAAAAAUGA